UUGAACGUAACCAAACAGUCCAUAAACCAUUUUUCAUUAAAAUAACUUUUUCAAAGCAAAUAAUCUUAUCAUUGGAUUAAAAUAAUUUUAUCAUAUUUUAAUCAGGGCUUAAAUAAGAAACAAAACAAUUGGGAAAUAAUAAGAAAUCCACUGAAAAUUUUACGGUUUUUGCAAUAAAUUGCCGCUGGCAACACAAAACCGCCCACUGUCAAAAACAACAAAAUCAUCCUCUUGUUGGUUGAAUUUUCUCGACAAAUUCUCAUAGUACACGUGUACCGACAAUUCGAUGUUAAUAAUUUCAUCAUUUGUAUCUAUUUAUGGUAAAACGAUCAGCGAGUGCUGUGCUCUAAUUGUUGUAAAAACUUCUAGUAACCUGUCUCUUUAGUGACCCUGUUGUUUGUGUUUACAUACGAAAAUGUCUGAAUUCAAGGAUUGGUUUGAGAGUGUACCGUUUUUCACUCGUUAUUGGUUGACUUUAACAAUUGUGUUCAGUAUAUUGGGCCGGUUUGGGUUAUUAAGCUUCUCCUAUUUAGUGCUGGACUUCUAUUCCAUUGUAAACAAUUUCCAGUUAUGGCGACCAAUCACAGCGCUGUUCUUCUACCCGAUAAGUCCGAGUACAGGAUUCCACUUCCUAAUCAAUUGCUACUUCCUGUACAACUACUCUCAGAGACUUGAGACGGGAAUGUUUGCGGGCAAACCUGCAGAUUACUUUUAUAUGUUACUCUUCAACUGGGCAUGCUGUGUGGUCAUUGGAUUACUUGUUAACUUGCCUAUCCUAAUGGACCCGAUGGUACUGUCUGUGCUAUAUGUUUGGUGCCAGCUCAACAAAGACGUGAUCGUGUCCUUCUGGUUUGGGACGAGGUUCAAAGCUAUGUACCUACCAUGGGUACUGCUGGCUUUCAACCUGGUUAUCAGCGGCGGAGGUGUCAUGGAGCUGAUCGGCAUCCUGAUCGGUCACUUGGCGUUCUUCCUUCUCUUCAAGUAUCCUCAGGAAUUCGGCGGUCCAGCUCUCCUAUCACCGCCAGCUUUCUUGAAACAAAUAUUCCCUGACACAAGAUACGUGGGUGGAUUCGGCACCGCGCCCCAAGCUAGGGUGCCUACACGACCAGGCGGCACAGUCUUCGGAGGACACAACUGGGGCCGUGGUCACACUCUAGGAGGAAAUUGAUGUAACAACACAUAUAGUGAGAGACUUUGAUGUUUACAAACACGAACGAUAUCCCGAUUUUUAAGAUGUGAUUUUGGUGACCCUAACAGUUUUUCUUGACGAAGGUAUCAUGUGCAUACAGCCUUUAUCCAUCCUCUCUUUUAUAGACUGUCGAAGUGUGUUCAAAACUUUUUUUAAUCCGAUGAUCACAACUUGAAAAUUAAUUGUGUAAAAUGAUUUACUCUAUGAACUAUGAAGUUAUUAAUUUGUAAUAGAAAACAUAUUGUUUUCUAGAGUUUUACUGCACUGGUUUGAUGUAAUUUUUUGGUGUAAUUUAAUUAAGUGGGUGUUAUAGUCUGUGGUCAUUGUGCUUGUUUGGGACUGCCAAGUCUUUAUAGGUAUAACAUAAAGUGCAAAUAAAUUAAUUAAUUAAAAGAGAUAUAUGAAAACUUUAUGUUUUUGCAUCCUAUACACACAAUACAUGACUUUUAUUUAGGCUUGAACAAAAUUGUUAAUCUAUAAUUAGGUUAAAUUUUCUGUACAAUAUGUUGUUUUAGAUAAAAAGUGCAAAAUUGUAUUGUAACGUGAAUGUAAAUCUGUCUAUACUCGGAAUUUUAAUUCGAUUCCAGAUUUGACAAUUUCAG